AUGUCGCAUAAUGCCUUUCCAAACCCCCAAUUCCUCGCGCCUCCUGCCGUUACGGCCUUACGGCAGGAGGCCCGGAAUAUCAACCCGAAACUGACAAGAUCGCCGAGUGAGAAUAUCCGAGAGGAGAGGGAGGAUUUGAAGGAGGCUGCGGAACAGACCCUGAACGUUAUCGUGGAUCUGGAUCUCGAGGGUCGCAUUAAAUGGGUCAGCCCUUCAUGGCGGCAAGUGGUCGGCACACCACCGAAGUCGGUUGAGGGUCGCAUGAUCUCAGAGAUUCUCCUUGAUAACAAGGAUGUCUUUCGAGAUGCAAUAGAUGCCAUGGUUGAGGAUGAUUCGCGCAGUCGGUUCAUCCGCCUCGCGGUGCAGAUGGGACCGGACUCGGUUCUAAAAUAUGCACCCGAACCACAGCCGAUCGACUCAGCGGGUGGAAAUGAGGAGGCAUUUGAAAAUACGGAGGAGGCUUCGCAAAGCGAGGACAAAGGCGUACUUGAAGACGGGGUGAAGCAGGAUGUGCUCAACAUGGAGGGACAGGGCAUCAUGGUGUAUGAUCGUACGGACAAUGAGACAGGUCACUCGAUGUGGAUGUUGCGACCACUUACUGAACCGAGAGAAGUCACAAUUGACCUUCCGCCCCUGCUAGUGGAGUCCUUGGGCGUUGGCGCGGAAGUGCUAGCAAACUACUUGACCACACUGGCUGAAGCUGCGGCGAACGAGCCCGACCCAUCGAAACACCCUGCGCCUACACCGGUACUUUGUCGCAUCUGUGAACGCCAAAUCACACCCUGGUGGUUCGAGAAGCAUUCAGACCUAUGUUUACAAGAACAUCGAGCGGAGAUGGACGUGCAGAUUUCUCAAGAAACUCUUAACGAGCAUCGACAUGCAAUUGUGAGGGUUCUGGACGCUCUGGAGGCUCGACAGGGAAGACCGUUGAUCGGCCCCGAUGGCAAUGUCCUGUCGGCUCCCCAGUCGGAGUACAAAGGGUUGCCCAUCGGACCUUCUCCUGCCAGCUCGGCGCCAUCAAACGGGUCUGCCUUGGGCGAAAACUCGACACCAGGAACCCCACCACGUUCGCGAGAUCAUUCGGCAUCAGGAAGUGUGUUAGGUCGCCCUCGUUCCUUUACUGUCCGAAGACCUUUGGCCCGUAUCGUUGAGCUGGUGCUCGACUUGUGCGAUACGGCUCUUGAAAUUAGCAUGCCAGUGAUCAAGGAGUCCUUGCGCCCGGAGAAUGAGGAAGAUUUCCGUACAUUAUCGCCACAAUCUGAAUCGCGAAUCUCCCAAGUGAUUCAGUGGCAAUCUCCUAGCUCCAACACUCUGGAGCAAGAACAAGGACUAGCUGCGCUGGCACGUGAUACUGAGCAGAUAGCGAAAGCCAAAGCCGAUGCAGUAGUCCGUCAUCGGAAAAUUGUGGAGUACGCGGAGAGAAUUCGUAUCGAAUACACAGUCUUGGUGGAGGAGUGUAUAUCCGCGGCUCUCAGCAAAGCAGAACGCAUCGCUGCUGGCCAGCUAAGUGAUUCCUCAUGCUCAUCGGAGGAUGAACUUGCUCGAGAGACCGGACUUGAAGGCGACGGUGGGUUCGAUCUUGCUGGAGAAGACUCCUACCCAUCACAGCCAUCCAGUCAGGAAUGCCUCGUGGUACCGCAGCAGCAGUUUCAACCUGCCGUACCUACGCCUCUAAAACUUACCUCUGCAUUAACUAUGUCCAUGCGCAACUCUCCGGACCGGUCACUUAUAAGCCAAGGUCCACUCGAGCGCAGGUCAUCCUCUGUCGCUGUGUCAACCGCAUCUAACAGCCCCAGCCCCAUGGAAUGCCCUACCCCUCGGUCGUAUAAAAAUGCCUCGGGACUUCUUGGCACCUCACAGCCCCGACGAGGCCUAUCACUUAUGGAUAUCGACGCGGGGGACAGUAGCGAUAGCAGCAUGCCCUCGUCCGCCUUUGCGGGUGCGAUGAGAACAGAUUCGCCUUCUUCCGAGCGAAGCUUUGAGCGGAAGCGGAGGAGCCUCGUGCUUCCAGGGCUGUCUAGUUCACCGCGUCGACAACCUUCCCCUGCUCGUAUAUCUGGGCCACACUCCCCCUUACGCAUGUCGAAACCUCGGCUUUCUCAUGGUGCAGAGAGCCUGCCGUCCCCGAUAGUAUCCCCCUCGGCAUAUGCCAGCGAAUUAGCCCAUAACUAUCGUCAUCACCGUCGCCGGUCUUCGGCCACCUCUUCAGAUAUAGCGAAGCCACCUCCCUCUCCCCGCCUGCCAUCAGUCAGCCAGCAACCUCGACCGGCUCCACCGUCUAUCAAAGAUUUUGAAAUCAUCAAGCCGAUCAGCAAAGGCGCCUUCGGUAGUGUUUACUUGUCUAAGAAAAAGUCCACAGGCGAGUACUAUGCCAUCAAGGUCCUCAAGAAGGCAGAUAUGAUUGCCAAAAAUCAGGUCACAAAUGUGAAAGCUGAGCGGGCGAUCAUGAUGUGGCAAGGAGAGAGUGAUUUUGUCGCCAAACUCUACUGGACCUUCUCCAGCAAGGAAUAUCUCUAUCUGGUUAUGGAGUAUUUGAAUGGCGGCGAUUGUGCCUCUCUCGUCAAGAUCCUCGGUGGUCUGCCCGAAGACUGGGCUAAGAAAUACAUCGCUGAAGUAAUUCUUGGCGUUGAGCACCUUCACCAUAGAGGAAUCGUUCACCGUGAUCUGAAACCUGACAACCUUCUCAUCGACCAGACCGGUCAUUUGAAAUUGACUGAUUUUGGUCUCUCCCGUAUGGGUUUGGUAGGACGUCAGAAGCGUGUCUUGAAGAGCCCCAAUGAGUCGGCUCCUGAUCUUCUCAAACAAGGGCCAUUCCCUCGUGCUAUCUCCGUUACCUCCUCUCGCUCGGCAUCCUUUGAUUUCCAAGCUGCGACAUCUCCAGGGUCCACCCCUUUGAUCACUCCAGCAGAAGUUUCCACGAGCGUCAACCAACCUUCCUAUUUCAAUCUCAACCAGUCUUCGAGUCUGAGUCGUCAAAGUUCUCGCAGAGCAUCGGGCUAUCGUAGCGACAGCCUGGGCAGUGACAGCUUUACUGGCUUGUUCCGAUCCUUUGCGCUCAACGACAAUGAACCCACUGCUCCAUCACCCGGCGUGCUUUCAACCAGUCUAGCGGAAGAGGAAGUUCACGACUUAACUGAUUCUCCCAUAUUGUAUCCCCUACAGCACACAUUCAGCAAUCCUAUGACCCAAAAUACUCCUCCACAGCCGAACAUGCUACCUCCAGUCUUGGCACUUUUCGACCCAGAAGACCACAACCGACGGUUCGUUGGAACACCUGACUAUCUGGCUCCGGAAACCAUCAAUGGUGUUGGGCAGGACGAGAUCAGCGAUUGGUGGUCCUUGGGAUGUAUUAUGUUUGAAUUCAUCUUUGGAUACCCACCCUUCAACGCCGACACGCCGGAUGAAGUGUUUGAGAACAUUCUUCGUCGCAGAAUCAAUUGGCCAGAAGAUCCCGAAGAGCUCACCACUCCAGAGGCCAUGGAUCUUAUCAACAGGCUCCUGACUAUUGACCCUCGUCAACGUAUUGGGGCAAAUGUAGAGGAGAAGUUCCCAAGUGGCGGAGCUGAAAUUCGGAGCCAUCCCUGGUUUUCGGACAUCCAUUGGGAUACACUCUUGGAGGAUAAGGCAGAGUUUGUUCCCCAAUUGGAAAAUCCCGAGGAUACUGAGUACUUUGAUGGUCGUGGUGCCACCCUCCAGGCGUUUGAAGAGGAGAUGGAAGAUGAACCUUCACCGCAACCACCGUCUACGACAGGGUCUUCGGAUCGACCCCAUGAUGCGCUGUUCAAGGUGCGCUCUCAGGUCAAUGCCACAAAGCGGCCAUUAAUGCCGUUGCACAUUCCGCCCCAUGUACGCGACGCGCGUGAUUCCCGGAGUCGGAGGUUGAGCGAACCGUCGCUGGCCGAUGAUUUUGGCAGUUUCAACUUCAAAAAUCUGCCAAUGCUGGAAAAGGCCAACAAGGACGUAAUACAGAAAAUGCGCCAAGAGGCUAUGCAGGCGCCGCACCGCCAUUCGUCAACAUCGUCCACGUCGAGUGGUGGUGCACCGGCACCGCAAGCCAAUGCCCAGCCAGCACUUGAAGGAAGCCCUAUGCCAAUGUCAAUAUCGCGUGCCUGGUCACAGAACAAGGGCAAUAAUGGUAGACCCUCGUCUCCAUCAAGCCAGGCGGCCUCAUCUCCCAGUAGGCCCUCGCAACCAUCAUCCCCGCUACUGGUCCAGUUCAGCACAGGCGCUAAUCAUGAACGACGAAAAACGUCUGGUUCCUCUUCCAAUGCAUCACACCAGUCCAGCGGUACAUUCCAGCCAUCUUCUCUGGAACAACCGCGGAUGCCCAACUUCCGACUUGGGUCGGUGGCGUCCUCUCCUGUCAAGACUAGUCGCAUGCCUGCCCAUUCACCAGACAAACACCCUUCGAGUCAACGUCAUGGCAGUGCUCCCGCUAGUCGAACUCGAUCCCAGACCAUAGGCUCUCAAGAUGGUACAGAUCUUUCUACGUUUACAAAAGAAGCUUUCGUGCCUACACACCAUAAGCGUCGCAGCCAGCUAUACGACAUCUCUCCCUCAUCUUCCGACAACGAGGACCCCCGCACCAAGGCGCUACUCAAAGUCCAGCGGCGGCGACUCAGCACUCGCCGGAUGUCCCAAGUGAACCAUCCCGACGGGCCAUUCUUCCGCCCACUGGACAUUCUCAUUUGUGAAGAUCACCCUGUGUCCCGACUGGUAAUGGAACGUCUUUUUGAAAAGCUUCGCUGCCGCACCAUUACUGUUACCAACGGUGCUGAAGCCGUGCGAUUUGCUCUGAGUGAAGUCCAGUUUGAUAUAAUCAUGACCGAGUACAAACUACCUCAGGUAAAUGGUGCUGAUCUUGCACGCAUGGUUCGAGAGACCCGGAGUGCCAACCGCCAUACACCGAUCAUCGCAGUGACUGGCUACUUGAAAGAGUUCCCUGAGACCCAUUACCUCGACGCGCUCAUCGAGAAACCCCCAACUUUGUCCAAGCUCACCGAGGCCCUAUGCAAGUGGUGUAUGUGGAAGCCACCGCCGAAGGACUAUAAUCCGUCCCUGCUUUACAAUCCGCCUCAUUCCAUCCCCGUGCCUAUGCCUAGUAGUCGUCAGAGCCGGCCCAACGACGAUAGCCCGAGCUCAGUAUCCUCUGGUUUCGUACCAAACCCUCCCAGUUCCUACCGUGACUCUAGUCGAGAAGACUCUGUCAGCAGUAGCGUGUUCGGAGAUAUGGAGUCCAUCAAAUCCGACGAAAUCCCCGUCAUUAUUAGUCGCAGCCAUGAUGAUUGGGAGCAGGGUCACGGUGGAUUGGGAAUCUCUGAGGCAGCACACUCUAAUUCCGAGCCCAAACCCGUUCCUCAACUCCUUCAUGCCGUCUCGGCACCUGCCGCAAUGGAUUUAAACGGAGGUAUGACUCCCCGCAAGCAACGGUCUAGUGAAUCGAUUCGUGCCAAGCGCGAAUCGCUGGAGCGGAAGCGUUACGAGGGCGCUGAAUCAGGAGACGACGAGGAUGAAGAGCUUGGAAAUUCCCAGUCUCGUCGCAGUCCACCGGUGCGUAAUCGCCGUCCUGGCUCCAAACUUGGUAUUGAGAUGAUGCGUACCAACAGUCGAGGCAGCGUGGUCAGUGGUAGCGAAGAGCUCCUCCAAAAGGAGAGGGAGGCACUUCGUAAUGCGGUUAACGAUUACGCCUCUACCGAUGAUGACGGGCCUCUAGGGUCUCCAUCCAGCGUCAGUCUCGAGGAACACAUGGAAGGGCUUUGCAUAUUAGAGGAGUCAGAAAAUGAUGAGCAGUCCAUCAGCCGCCGAGAAUCACCCUCACCAGAGAGCGCAUCUCGACGACAACGUUCUUCUCUUCCUGGACCUUCCCACACCAGCCCUCGUCGAUUGAAGUUCAGUCAGUCUACUGCUCGGGAGAAGCACCACGGCAUGAACGCACCCAUCACCCCCGAGCUGAAAUUCACGGCAGACCCUUCUACAGACUCCAGUUCUGGCAUUGAAAUCGAUGCCAGCCCCACGCCGGAGGACUCCGAAUCUACACCACGUCCUUUCCAUCCAUCGCCCGACCUGGAAUCUGAGGAAACACCACGUCCAGAUCGGUAUCGUGACUUAUCCAGACUCAAACGAUAA